GGUGUGGGCGGGGCUUCUCUGACCUGGAGUUAAUCCGUCGAGGAUUGGUCCGGAAUCUGCCGAGUGGAGAAAGGAAUGACGGAGUCGGCAAUUUAAACUUCAGAAACACGGAGGUUCGACAAUAUGAACGCACGGAGGAGUAGUGAAAGAGAGGAAGUCGUUUAACAUGGGACUCUAACUUUAGGGGGGAGUUUUUUACCCGGGGGGGGGGGGGAGUCCGUCGAGGGCUCAACAUGGAUGUUCCGUGCAGCUCGGACGAGGAAUUGGGGCAUUUUUCAGGGUGAUUUUCGGGUCGCGGCUUUGUCUGACGGAGCUAAAGGAGUUUUAUCUCCAGGUCUGCGAGGUGAAAAUAACAAAAAGGCCCAUCUGUGAAUAGACAUCAGCAGUGAUGUUGAAGCUGUGGAGGCGAGGCGUGCCGCUCUCAGAGAGGCUGGGGGAGGACUCCGUCCUGCCUGCGGCCCCCGCCCCCCCGCCGCCGACGGCCUCCCCGACGGGCCCCAACAUGUCGUGGCUCCCUGAGGCCCCGCUGCUGAGCCAGGACCAGCCCAUCUUCCUCAUGACUCCAGCGGCUCAGGCCGUGUCCGGCUUCUUUGUCUGGACCGCACUCAUCCUCACCUGUCACCAGAUCUACAUGCACCUACGUUUCUACACCUCCCCGAGGGAGCAGCGGCACAUCGUGCGAAUCCUCUUCAUCGUCCCCAUCUACGCCUUCGACUCCUGGCUCAGCCUCCUCUUCUUCACCAACGACCAGUACUACGUGUACUUCGACACGGUCCGGGACUGCUACGAGGCAUUUGUGAUUUACAACUUCCUGAGCCUGUGCUAUGAGUACCUGGGAGGGGAGAGCGCCAUCAUGGCAGAGAUCAGAGGGAAACCCAUCGAGUCCAGCUGCAUGUACGGGACGUGCUGCCUGAGGGGGAGGGCCUACUCCAUCGGCCUGCUGCGCUUCUGUAAGCAGGCCACCCUGCAGUUCUGCGUGGUCAAACCGCUCAUGGCCGCCGUCACCGUGGUCCUGCAGGCCUGCGGAAAAUACAAGGACGGAGACUUCAAUGUUGCCAGCGGUUACCUGUACGUGACCAUCGUCUACAACGUCUCCGUCAGCUUGUCCCUGUACGCCCUCUUCCUCUUUUACUUCUCCACCCGGGGGCUGCUGAGCCCCUACAGCCCCAUGCUCAAGUUCCUCAUGGUCAAGUCGGUCAUCUUCCUCUCCUUCUGGCAGGGCAUGCUGCUGGCCAUCCUGGAGAAGUGCGGCGCCAUCCCCCAGAUCAGCUCCGUGGAGGUGUCGGUCGGCGAGGGGACGGUCGCCGCCGGCUACCAGAACUUCAUCAUCUGCAUCGAGAUGUUCUUCGCGGCGCUGGCCCUGCGCCACGCCUUCACAUACCGGGUCUACAUGGACAAGAGCCUGGAUUCACACGGACCUCCUCCUACAUGUGGAGCGUUUGGCCGCUGUGCCCCCAUGAAGAGCAUCUCCAGCAGCCUGAAGGAGACCAUGAACCCUGGCGACAUGGUGCAGGACGCCAUCCACAACUUCUCCCCGGCCUACCAGCAGUACACCCAGCAGUCCACGCUGGAGCAGGGGGCGCCGGCCGCCGUGAGCCGCGCCCGUGGCGGCGGCGGCAGCGGCGGGGGCGCCCGCGGCGACACGGAGAAGACGCUGCUGCUCAGCUCCGACGACGAGUUCUAGCGGAGGGACCGGGACCGGGACCGGGGCGCGUUGGUGGACUCGGGGAGCAGAGAGCAGCUCCUUCGCUUCUCUGAUGGUGAAGGAACUUUCCUGCAUGAACAUCAUGUUUCCACCCAGUCUUUUUAUGCAGGAAGGUUGAGUUUGGGUUGGAAAGUGUUGGUGUGAGUCACACUCUUCCACACGGAGUCAUCCCGGACCUUUUUGGCACGUUUUGGGGUGAUCUGAAACAUUGUUGUCCGACUGGAUUUUUUUUUUUUUUCUGGACCUGAAUUGUUUGACGUUUUUAAGCACCUCUUGUUUUUAGAUUUUCAAAUAUCUUUUUAAGUUUUAUAAACGUUUUCGAGUUUUAGCCACGUGAAUUUUAAUCUUCAAAUGAAUUUGCAACAAUUAAAACCAUUAAUUGAUUUGCAAAUGCAUUCAUAGCAGUCUCAUAAAAAACGUAAUGAGUAACGAAUGUAAGUGCAGAGCCUGGUGCAUUGUGGGAUCUGAACCACAAACUGAGUUCAUGUCAGUGGUACGGAUCAAUGUAGUUAUUGAUCUUGGUGGUAGCAGAUUAUAGGUUCUACAGUACAUCUGCUGCGGGCCUGAAGGCUUUACAGGAGUCAUUUGGGAUUAAAGCUCGUGCCUGUUCACUCGGAAGUGAAGACCACAAUGCAGGUUAACUGGAUUACUGGGUAAAUGAGAGAGGAAUAUAGGUCACUAAUGACUGUAGAUGCUUCUCAGCAGAAAGAAACCCUUCCUCUGGUCAAAACAUUUUGUCACGUGUGAGUGUGAGAGAGGAAUUUGUCGAGCUUUUAUUUUUUUGUUAUUCAAAAGUUAUUUUUGGACGUUUUGUAAGCGUUUCAGCCACUCAGUCAAAAAGUUUGACUUUUUAAAAUUCGAAAUAUCCACUUUGCAACACACAAACCUAUUGCAUUUUCUUUCACUCUGAUGCUCUUCGUCUUUGGCUGUAACUUUGAUUCGACCCGGUUCUUGUCCUGUCGGGCCCUCGAGGUCCUGGAUGAGUCGACGCCGUGGCUCUGCGUGAACGCCAGAGGGCCCGAGGUGGACGCUCGCCUCUGCCAGCAGGCGGCCGUUCAUCUCCUGCACGUUUAAGCCACUGCUUUGUCUGAGCACCAGUCUGUCGCUCCUUUUAAUCCCAUCAUCGCUCCGUGGCUUGUUUCUCCUCAGAGGAACGAAGGCUGCGGCCAUAUGGGUCUAUUUUUAUUUGUACUUGUGCCUGACAUAAUAUUGGUUUUAAAUAGGACAGAAGCCACGUCUGUGCACCGGAGCAGCGGGGCUAUUUUUAGUCGGCGCUUAGUGUUGUUGGAUAAUUGGGCUGUUAGAUUUUGACAUGAAUACACAGACUGAGUGACCCAGAGUCUUCUUUUAUAAACGCUGUUCAUCGUGAAGCGAUUGGGCUGCACGCCGUGUGCACAGUGGCUUUUCUAAAUAAACGCAUUCUAAUGCUGAAAAACACUGAAUGCCAUAAUUCACAUAAUUCUCUACAUGUUCAGAUCUAUGAGAACUGCUGUAAACAGUAGUGAGGGGCUUCCUUCACGUAGUGAUGUAUGCUGGAAUAUAAGCUUAUAAGCUCUAAAGAUGGAGCGAGAACAAAGAGAUCUAGUUUUUAUUUGGAUGGCUUGGUUUUUCGCACAUUGUUUUUUAAUAAAGCUGCUCAUGAUGCUAUUAUUUCAUGUCAAAUGAGAAUAUAAUAAAAAUAUAUUUAGUCUGC